AUGGAUACGCAGUCGGCGUCCCGCAGCUCCCCACAUGAGCAGGGUGACACGGCGGCGUCGAGUGGCGAGUGCACCGAAUUAGGUGAAAAGAAAUCAGAAACACAGCAAGGCGAUAUCUUGCUUGUACCACUCUCUUCGAUGAGGCGGCGAAGUGAUUCUGAGCCCCUGUGUGAUAAUGAGCAGACCGAGCAACAGCAACAGCAUCUCCUGUCGACUUCGGACGCCAAAGCAACCACACUGAGAUCUCCAGACUGCGAAGAGAGCAGUGGAUACAUGGGGGAAUGCUGGCUAUGCCGCGACUCGAUGAGUUCCCCAGAGAACCCGCUUAUCACAAACGUUUGUCGCUGCCGUGGCUCAAUUGGGUGGAUUCACCGUGAGUGCAUCGACGAAUGGGUGUUUUCACAACGGCGCACGAAGUGCCCAAGCUGCGACGCCACCUACAACAUUCUCUCCAGUUGCGAGGGUGAUUUGCCACAUACACUUUCUGGAGAGCUGCUGCUACUUCUGUGGAAAUUAUUCCUACCAUUGAUGGCCAAGGCAAUAGCCGUGUUGUUGAGUGCUAUGGUGAACGGUGUUGCGGUUCCAUGUGCUAUUGGAUUGGCUUUUUAUCACAAGGAUAUAUUUUCCAACAUGAACAGCACGAGCGCCGUUCCUUUGAAUGACGGGAUCAGCAAUGAUAAAUUAGAUGACCACAACUACCACUCCACUUCAGAGGCAACGACGCUGACCGGUGUUUGGUUGUGGACCAGUGUAUUGCUCUAUGGCUGGAUCUGUGUUGCCUUCUGGCGCUGCGUGAAGUCGGGAUGGGUGCAGUGGCGCUCCGUAUUCCGUCAAAAUGUUGUGGAGGCGGAGCGCAAAUGGCACCCGUUCACAACGGUAGAACGUGCGCAUUGGUUCGUGAGCAGUUGCUUGGAGUGGACGGGCUGUACCCACGGGAUGGUGCGCUCACGGCUCCUCGAACUCACAGGACUCGUGCCCCUCUCUUUUGCCCUUCGUCUCCCGCUGGGUCGUGUAGUGUUGGUUUUGGUCCUGGUGAUAGGCGUGGUCUUUUGGCGAUUCUACUUUCCACGGAAGCACAUUUGCGACGCUAGAAACCGCUUUAAUGAGGUACAGGAGGAGAAGGACAGGGCGACGGACAUGGACAUUGCGCUUUGGUUCAGUACGUACAUUGUUGAGAUGGUGAUGUUUUCACUAUUGAUGGCCAUUUGUGGAGGGAUUGUCGUGCACUUGGCUCUGGCGCCGCACCUAGUAUCUUUUCCGACAUCAUUGGAAGCAUUCUUUGAAGGGCUCUCGCUGUUACGGCUCAUUCUAUAUUGGAUGAUUGGGACUGCAUGCUCUAUGAUACUAAUGCAGGUUGAAACAAAAAUCAUCGUACCAUUGUUUGCACCAGGCGUUGACUUGUUUUUCAUUCGUAGUGUGGACCUUAAUCUUGACGGUGAUGCGGCCUACUGGGGCUUUAUAUUGGCGCAGAUAUAUGACGCUGACCCACUCCGCGUCUGCGUGGAUUUCGUGCGCAUGAGCCUCAUCGAGUUGACAGCUUUGUACAUGUUCUUAGCAGCCCCACUAGCUAUUGUGUUUGCUUUGCACCGUCUAAUCAUGUCGGGGGAUACCGAGGCGAACAAAUUGGAACUUCCUCUUCCCACCGGCUUUCCGGCAACCGUGUCGGGACACGACGGAAAUAAAUCCGACGUGUUUUUUUUUUCGGCGUUGAAUGCGCAUCAGCAGCAACAUCAGGAGCUAUGGAUAGGGAAUUACUCGGUGAGCGUGACCGCUUUAGCUGCUUUACUCGAAUUGACACACUUGGGUCAAUUAUUUGGUCUGCUGCUCUCGUUGCUGCGGCAUGCGACGCUGGUGCGGUGGGCGGUGAAUGUGCUCAUUGUCACAGGUGCGGGAACGGCGCUUGCGUGCAUGAGCCUGUUCCCCGUCCAGCGGAUGCAGCUGAAGGUGCUGCGCCCCACUGUAGCGUGGAUCGCACGGCACGUUGUCUGCAUAGAGGCAUUUCUCUUUGACGCGGAGCGUCUGGGAAUCGUCGACCGCUGGCUGCGCAACGGUGGUGAGGGCAACGUUCCGGUCCCGGAGUUGCCCCUCGCCAGCGCCUUCGUGCGGCGUGAGCGGGCGCUGCCGCCGUCGUGCACGCUGCCCACGUACCUGAAGCCACGACUGAUACUAUUCUCUUUCCUCUUCUUCGUCAUUUCGAGCACGCUGUUCUGGAUUGGCCCUGUGGUGACGAUGACGCUCCUGCUGCCGCUGCUUCCGUACAGCGUGCCGCUGGUAUGUGGCGCGUUGAACCUUUUCUUCUUUGUGCUGAACCCGCGGCUGUACUUUGUCGCGAUGACGGAGUUCCUGCUGGUGUGCGCUGUUGUUGUGGUUGGUCUUGGGGUGCAGCCUGUGUGGAUGUGCCUCCCGCUCUUUAGCCUGUCGCGGCGACAGUUGGUGCGCGAGACGGUGGAGUUCUACCACCGCGGGAAACGCAGUGUUGGCGUUUACGUUGGCGAGCCCGGUGACAGCAACAACAACAGCAGCGACAGUGAGUGGGAGGAUAUCUCAGGCAGCGACGUUGACACAGAAGACAGACCUGUGGCGGAUUUCUAA